CCUGUCAUACAUCCUGGAUCUAUUUUUGUGGGUUGCUCGAAGCGGAAGCCUGAAGGUCAGCGCUUGUCCUAUUUCCCAGCUUGAGCUAUCAAAUUGUGAAAAAAAUGAUCAAAUUCAUUCGAGUAGUUUUGCAGCAUGGGCAGGAGCUUGUCUACCAAUCUCAUCUGCUGUUUGAACACCCCAGUAGUCAGAAUGUAGACACAACACACCUGAGUCUGCUGCACUUGCAGUGCACUAUGCUCCCACUAAGAACUCAAACUUGAAUGAAUUUCAGAUCCUAAUAUUGACAGAAGAAGCAAAUUGCCCUGACUACCUGACUGAAGAAUAAAGUGAUGACUUCUGACACUUUCCAUGACACAGUGGUUGUUAUGACUGGAACACUUCUGUCUAGUCUUCUAGCAGAUAACCUGCAACCAGGAAGUGACAAGGAAGGCUUCCUGCUUGGAAAGACAGUAGUUCAAACCGUCCAAGUGAAUAAUGAUGUACAGAGUGACAUCCCACUGGAGCAGACGCGCAUUGUGCUCUCUGACUUCUUGUCGUGUGGCCGGACGGGUGAGUUCUACAGUAACACCGGACGGCUGGAUAACGAGAAGCUCACAUCGCUCUUCGAUGAUCCGGAUCUGGUCGUGGGCUGGUACCGGUACCGCCGCGCCUGCCCCUGUUGCCCCAGUCUGCGGGAGCGGGCUGUUCACGCCGAGCUGUGCCACCGACGCCGUAAGGCCACUCAGAAGACAGGCUUCGUGUUCCUGCUGAUGACGGAUAACGUGGUGGAGAAGGUGUUGCGACAUGAACAGGAGGCGUUCGUGCUUAGAGACAGAGUGCUGGCGCCGAUACGGCUGGAGGUGGCGAACCUGGGCGCGCCUGGCGGGGGUCGGUACCGCACCACCCCGUUCGGUCAGCUGGGGCCGCUACUGCCCGGCGCGGCCGGACCGACUGGCGACAGUGGCGCCCUCUCUGCGGCGCUGGCCGUGCAGAGCAGUGCCGCUGAACAGCUGCGAGCGCUGGCCGGGCGUCUGGAGCGCUCUGAGCGCGACACUGCUGCCGCCUACCGGGAGAUAGAGGAACUGAAGCUUCGGCUCGCCGACCGCCGGGUGGCUGGACGGUGAUCGUUCCGUGGAAGGAUGGAUUUAGGAAUGGGGAUUGGGGAUAACAUGUUGCCUUGAGUUGAAAACAUUUUGUGAUGAAAUGAUUGCAGCCUGAUGGCAAGAAGCGUUACAUGCCUGCAUAUUUUGUAUUCGUGUGUUGAUUUAUGUUUGUUCAUUUCGGUGUUUUGUGAUAGGCAUGCUGUGACGCUAUGUGGAUAACACUCUGAUAGUGUAGGCGACGAAUAUUUCGUUGACUUCCCAUUGGUACGUCGAUCUCAUGUUAUGAAGACUGAUGCUUCAUUUUGUAACUGUCCGGAUAUGCCUGCUCUUAUGCGUCUGGUACUACAUAUUAUUUAGAAAUAUACAUGCUUGAAUUGCA